UUCUAAUGAGAUGACAGCUGAUUCUGCCAGGACGACGUCAGUGGUGCCGUGUGACUUUCCUCCAACAUUGUGGGUCUUUAAAACCUACGUAAAGAGAAAAAAACAACAACCCCCCGGCUGUCCCGUUGAGGGAGAAUGAAGCGGAGGCUGCUCUAGCUGCUUUUAAGUGAGUCGCGGAGAGAAGAAAUUCUGCCACCGCAUCACCAACCCUUCAAAGUUGGAUAUCUAGUCUGACUGGAUCUAACGGCUGAAAUCUCCCACUUUCCCGGGAUAUUUUAACCACCAAACAGGGCAUGAGUGAUGGAGGCAGGCUCGGUGGUGCGUGCGGUGUUUGAGUUCCUCCCCAGUGUCUCCGAGGAGCUCCCACUCUUCACCGGUGAUGUCAUUGAGGUACUCAGCGUGGUGGAUGAGUUCUGGUUGCUCGGCAACAAGGAUGGUGUCACAGGCCAGUUUCCCAGCACCUUUGUGGAGGCGGUCACCAUUCCCAGUACCAAGCCUGGAGACAGACUCUAUGUGUGUAUCAAUGACUUCACCUCUGCUGAAUCAGCACACCUGUCUCUGAAGAGAGGUGAUGUGGUCGUCCAAGAAGCAGGUGGUGCCAUGGACCAGGGAGCAACCUGGCAAUGUGGCUGUAAUGAAUGGGGUGCCCGUGGUCUAUUCCCCACAUCUUGUGUGAAGGAGCUUCACCUGUCGGGCCGUUCAAGGCAGCUUUCAGAGCGCUCAGCCCAGGCCCAGGCUUCAGAUCUCCCACCCUAUGCCCUUGGGCAGGCCCGGGCCCUCAUGAGCCUCCAUGCACAGCUCCAUGAAGAACUUGACUUCCGGGAGGGGGACUUGAUCAUUAUUACGGGCCUGCCUGAGCCAGGCUGGUUCCAGGGAGAGUUAGAUGGCCGCAGGGGAGUGUUCCCAGAGGGUUUUGUGGAGCUCUUGGGGCCCCUCCGAUCUCCCCAGGACACUGACUCUAUUAACUGCCAGGAUAUGAAUCAUGACCUUCACGAGGACCCAUUUGAUGCAGGGGAGGGCAUCGAGGAGGAGGAGGGAGAGGGAAUAUUUGUGAGGCCAGAGGAGGAGAGCAUAGACAAAGAGGUAGUAGUAGAAGAGGAGGAGGAGGAGGAAGAAGACGGUGUUUAUGGAGUGGCACUGUAUGAGUUUCGAGCCAUGGAACCAGGAGAGUUGGACUUUGAUGUUGGGGACAGGAUACGUAUAAUAAGCACUAUGGAAGAUGGUUGGCUGGAGGGCGAGCUGAGAGGACAACGUGGCAUCUUCCCUUAUCGUUUUGUCAAAAUAGAAGACAAUAGGCAGAAAACAGAGGAGGAAGCAAAUGUUGAAAGUGAGGCAGAGAAAGAAGAGAGUUACUGCUCUUCGGGACAAAACUCAGAUCAGCCGUGCGCAAGUGAGUCAGAGUAUAGUUCUGAGUGGAAAUCAUAUGAAGAUUACACAGUGUGGGACUUGGAUUACUUUGAGAGGGCUGAGGAGCGGAAGUGGCAAGUGGUGACUGGUAGCAUUAGCACUGAAGCUCAUACACAGGACAGAGGGGAGAAAGAGAUGGGUAACAGGGCAGACCCACAGUCUCAAAGACCUGCUGCCCCAGCCCAACGAGGUCCUAGGAGACCCAGAUCUACUCCACCGGCAAGACCCAGGCUCCCUCCGCGACCAAGCCCCCCUGCACAUAGCCACAGGCACCGUUUUUGCCCACCCUCUAACACAGACAAUGAUAGGAAUACUUAUGCUAAUGGUAGCCAACCACCCCGGCUGCCCAAGCGAAGCCUGACCCUUCCCAGCACUCAGUCUGGCUGGUCUAAGAAUAGCAGACGCUACCAGCGGCCAACAGCAGAUGAUGCCACCAUUAGUAGCAAAGGCGUCAGUCUUAGCAAAGCACUCAUCGGCCUUGUUGAGGGCCAUAGGCAAAAGAAACUUACGAGACAUUCUAGUGCCAGUGAGGUAGAUAUGAUGAUGGGGAAUACCGAGAGACGGAUGCAUAGCCAGCAGUCUGUGCGUGGUUCUAAUGGCUUAAUGCCCACUUCCUACACCCUAGAUGCCCUGGCAACCUCAGCUGGUGACCUGGAGGCCAAGCUAUCCCAGCAGCUGUUUGAAUUUGAGAAAAGUCUGACUGCUGAGGACAAUGGUACCGAUGUGAACAACAGUAUUGCCAAGGAUGCUUAUAGCAGCAGUGAGGAUGGCCAUGAUUCCUGUGUCUCACGUCAUUUUUCCAUUCUGGACUACAGCAGCGAGAGUGAUAUCAUCAGAGGCUCUGCCCACUCUCCUGUGUCCCAUCUCCUGCAGCCUUUACAGUCGAGCCUGGCCUCUUCUUCACUUGAGAGAUGCAGAACCCUCCGACCACCUCCGCCCCGCCCCAGAAUCCUUCGGCCCCCCGCCCCACCCCAAUACAAACCAGCCCGCCCUGCCCCACGCCCACCUCCUCCAUGCCCCAGACAAAACCUUACUCCGCCAACCAAUGAAAUUCACUCCAACAGUCCCAUCUUCUACACCCCUGAUGAAGAAGAGGAACCGAUCAUAAACCUGCUGGACCAGCCAAUAGAUGCAGGAGCUGAGUUUGGCGACCUCGCAGCACUCCAAGAACAGGAAAUACAGCAGCAGCAGGAAGCGGAGAGAAGGCUGGAGAAGGAAAUUGAGCUGGAGAAGCAGAGAGAAAGGGAACGUGAGGAGGAGUACCAGCUGCUGCUACGGCUACAGGAGGUGGAGAAUGACAUGGAGGCAUAUGCACACACGGCGGAGGAGCUCAGGACCAUGCUGGAGGAGGAAGAGGAUGAGACUGCUCGUCUGCAGGCGAUGGAGAACCUGGAGUUCUGUAACUACACGCUGGAGACAUUGGCCCUGGAGCAGCAGCAACUUCAAGGGGGUCCAAUGGUGGCUGUAGGUGGGCCAAUGUCACCUCAAGUCCAUGUGCCUGCUCCAUGGCCUGCACAGUGGGAUGACCAAACCCAGGUUAGACAGGCUAAUAUAUGCCACCAACCCAGCUGGGAGUAUGAGGACCGGGACAAGGCUGCCGUCAAAGAUAACAGGCCUCAAACCCGGGAUGUCUACUUCCAUCCUCGUUCAGAGGACGGUCACAUAGAACUGAGGAAAUCUGAGUGGAAAGGUAAACAUUGUUUCUACCAAGGCCCAGAGGAGGACUACAACAACCCAGAGUGCAACAGAGUACCACAACAAAAGGACAAAAGUGACUUCAGAGGUCAAGAAAGGUACGAUCAGACAGAAAAGGACAGAAAAAAACAGGACUAUUUGUUUAGAGAAAAGGACCAUUAUUCUGACCGAUAUCGUCAUAAGGAUCAUAGAGAACUUGAGCAUUAUGAUCAUAAGGACAGAUGCAGCCGCAGAGAUUUUGACGACAGGAAAUACAAGGAGCACUAUGACGAUAGAGAACAGCAAUAUUAUGACAAAAGGAAAUAUGAUAAACAUGAUUUCACAGAACAUGACAGUUACAACAGCCGAUAUGAAGACCACUAUGAACAAAGGGAUAGAGAGUUUUUUGAAAGCAAGGCAGAUCACUAUAAGCACAGGUCCAGAGAAAUGAUCCACACAGACAGGGAUUAUUAUGACCGUAAAGAAAGGAAUCCCUAUAGAGAAAAGGAACGCUACCAGGAUAGAGAGGAGGACCGCUCCUAUGAUGAGCGAAGAGCUAAGGACCAUCAUUAUGACUACCGUGUUGAGGAUCGAUAUGACCGUAGAGACAAUGUCUACAAGGAUAGGGAUGCUUAUUAUGGACCCAAGAGUGAGAAGACUCGCAGCCGUUCAGGAAGGGACCAGCGUGACUUUGGAGCAGAUGACCACUACGACUGUAAAGACAAUGAUCGAUAUUAUAGAUAUAGGGAUAACUAUGACCAUGAGAAAGAUGAGAACUACAGCCAGAGAAAGAGGGAUAACUACAAAACAAAGGAGUAUUAUGAGCCCAGGGCUGAAGACCACUACUACCGUAAACCAAAGGACCACCACAACUGUGAGACCGACGACCGCUACAAUCCUGUGGAGAUCAACCACUAUGAACGCAGAGAAGAGGAACGUCCCUACAACAAGGCCCGUGACAGAUACCGGGAUUUACGCUCGCUAUCUGUGGAUUCACGUUUUGAGGAAUACCCAGCCAAAGUUGGCAAAACGCACUGCGAGGAGUGGGUCGAGGAGCAGAACCAGAAGCUGGCGCUCAGGGAAAUGCGCUCUUAUGAGGAUCCCAUUAGGUACAGGCAUACUGAUGAUCAGGAAAAGGGUUAUGAGUCAAGUUCUGGGAGAGCAGGUCCUAGACGGGGUCGCAAGCCCGUAUAUGUGGGCUCAUUAGAUCGUAACAGCUUCUACAGGAAGACUGCUCCCAGCUCCCUGCGAAGGUCACCGCUAGUCACCAACACCCAGCAAAAGCAAGAAGCCAAGGAGGGCAAAUUUCAUUGUAACCUGCACAAUGACAAAAUAAAGUGGCUUUCUUUUUCUUUGGGCGCUUUUUUGACCGAUGUCUCCCCUCUACUGUCCAAAGUGGUGAAGUACAGGAAAGGGGAUGAGGACACAUUGAUCGACAAGAUCUCCAAGCUCAGCAUGCAUUCCAUCAUCAAAAAAUCCAACCGAGUCAGCAGCCACCUCAAACACCUAACAGGAAUCUCACCCCAGAUCAAAGAUGAGGCAUUUGAUGAGGCUGAAAAGAAGUUCAGACUGCAAGAGAGACUGAUCAAAUCUUUCAUCAGGGACAUAUCCUUGUACCUGCAGCAUAUACGGGAAUCAGCAUCUGUGAAGGUGCUGGCAGCCAUCAGUUUCUGUGACAUCUACACCGAGCGAAGUUUCCUGGACCCCGAGCGCUUCCAGAGAGCCCACCGCUCCAUCAGUGACAAGCAGUUCACACAAUUUAAGGAACGUACAGAGGCCUUGGUCAUCAAUCCUCUGACACAGCUCCUGCUUAUGUUUGCUGGACCUCACAAGCUCAUUCAAAAGCGCUUCGACAAGCUGCUGGACUAUGACAAUUGCAAGGAGCGAGCCGAGAGGCUUAAGGACCGUCGUGUCCAAGACGAACUGCAGGUGGCACGUAACAACUACGAGGCACUUAACGCCCAGCUCUUGGACGAGCUUCCCAAGUUCCACACAGCAGCAGAGGAGCUGUUUACCGGCUGUGUGAGGUCCUUCGCACAAUCCCAGAAGGACUUUAUGAAGUUGACGCUGGGGGAGCUGAAGCCCCUCCUACAGUUUCCUAGUAUUGGCGGCACAGAGGGGAACCUGAUAGCUUUGUUCCAAGACGAGUACAAUCGAGUCCUCCAGCUUCUCCAGAGCUUCAGCUUCUGUCCUGAGAACCUGCCUCCUUCCACCUCCACACGGAAACCCUUUGAGAAGAAGACCGUCGAGAAGCCGACCUCAAAGAAGCAGCUUCAAGCACCUCCCAAUUCCGUCCUGCAGACGGAUGAGCAGCGUGCUGGGCUUCUGGCUCGCUUUGGCCCAGAGAAACUUUACCAAGCUGAAAGGAACUUCAAUGCGACCCAGGACCUGGACGUUUCAUUGCUCGAGGGGGACAUUGUAGGCGUCAUCAAGCAGCAAGACCCCAUGGGUAGCCCCAAUCGCUGGCUAAUUGAUACCGGAGUCACCAAGGGCUUUGUGUACAGCUCUUUCCUCAAGCCUUACAACCCACGGAGGAGCCAAUCGGAUGUGUCCAUUGAGAGCCAGUCAUCCAAUGAGUCAGGCUACGGUGGUUCAUCUCCCGUCUUCUCCCGCCAAAACAGCAACAGCACUCUGACCUUCAACCAGGAAAUGGCCACAGUUAGCUUUUCCACAAACCAGACCCCAAGCCAGUCCUCACCACACCCUUCCUUGGACUCUGCCUCCUCCCGCAGGAGCCACCAGAGAGAUGCCCCUACCCCCAACUCCACCACCAGCCAGAGCAACCCAGUCAACUCCUCACCCAGAAAUCCCUCAAAUCACAGGGACUUCUUGGAACAAACAUACCGAAAUUCCCCAAACCACAGAGACACAGAGCCCUCCUACCGACAUCCCAACAGUCACAAAGAGCCGUUUGACAGGAGCCAUGCAAACCCAACCAGCCACAAGGACAUCUCGGACUCAUCAGAAACGGACUCUUGUUCUUCGCACAGAAACAAUGGCUCACAGAGGUAUGGUCAACUAGAUACAGCUUACGCCUCCUACCAGAGGCGAAAUGGACAUAAUGGUGGCCAACGGAAAUCUCCCCACCCCCGAGAUGAGUACAUUGAACCGGAGCAGGAAGCAGAGCCUGAGAGGGAAUUAGAUGGUCAUCAGAUUUACUACGCCGUUUACUCCUUCAGUGCCCGGUGUGCCAAUGAACUGAGCAUCUCCGCCAAUCAGCAGAUCCGCAUACUGGAGUUUCAGGACAUGAACGGCAACAGCGAAUGGUGGCUGGGGGAGGCAGGUGGUCGCCGAGGCUAUGUGCCUUCCAACUACAUCCGCAAAUCUGAGUACACAUGAGCAAGUCUUAAUCACCAGUCGGUACAUCGCAAACCACUGUGGACAUUGCCUCCCUCCUCCUGUGAGAAUGCCUACACUGUGAGAACAGAGAGCACGCAAUCAAACGUACAAUCUGCAGACGAACAAGAACAAAAUACACAACAACAACAAAAAUAAAGAUACAUGCAGCUGGACGCCUAGUGACUUAAGAUGCUAUGGAGUUUUAUGGUGAGAAGAAGCUCCUGUUUUGGGACAAACUAGUGCUGCUGACUGCUACUCUGAAAUUAAGCGUUAUAUGCUUAUAUUUAUAGACUUUUUUUUUAACUCUUUUUACUGACUGUGGGAGCCUCAGUAUUUUAAUUCCGCUUGUUUCCUGUGACAUGCCCAUGAGUUUUCACAGGAGUUAACCAUAUCCUCCAGGUGUGAAAAGAGUGGAUUUGUAUUGUAUGAAGAGAAUUGUGUUAAAGGAUAGCACAUUGGGAUUUGUGAUGGAAAUGUCAGUGCUUUUGGUUCAGCCCCCUGAAAACUACAAGAGGUUUUUACGCAUGUGGUUUAUUGCACCAGGGACGAAUGGACGUUAAAUUUUUUUUAAAAAAAACCUGAAUGAGUUUACCUUCUACACAGUAAUCCAGGAGUGAGACACUACAUUUUGUAGUUUGAAGUGGCUUUGGGGCCAUUCAAACGGUUUCGGUUUGGAGUGUUGCAUGAACUUGAUAUGGUCCACAGGACUUGGUCUUCUCAUCGGAAAAGUAAAACCUCAACUACAGCAUUCCCAUAGUCGACAAUGAGGAUGGCAGAUGACUUCCAGGGCUUCAUUUGCAAGCACUCAUAGUGGGCUUCUUGUCAGUAACUUGAAUGCAAAACCUUUUAACUGGAUUGACAUUUAUGUAAGCAGGUGAGGACCAGUUUGACCUGUAAAAGGAAGUCACCUAAAGGGGCAACGGAGAUUGUGAGCAUGUGGUCAGAGCUUCGCAUCUGACCGAUCUCUUACUCUUCCCAUUUACAUUACAUAUAAUGCUGUAUAUUGUGAAUGUAUUUCUGCACUCAUAAAGUGAUCACUGUUUGAAUAAUUAAAAAAAAAACGCUCAA